UGCGCGCGCGUCACGUGGGCGCGUGUCGAAGGUCACGGCGCCCACAAUGGAGCUGUCGGCGUACGCGCAGGGCGGGUGGCAGCUGCUGGGCGACCCCCGCCGCUUCCCCCGCCGCCCUUACACCGCUCUCCUCCGCGCCGCGUUCCGCAGCCUCCUCGAUCACCCCCGUGCCGGGCUGGACGAUCCAGACCUGAAAGAUAUUGACCCUACAGUAUUAAAACAUUGCCAUGCUGCGGCUGCAACGUGUAUUCUGGAGGCAGGAAAGCAGAAAGCCGACAUAUCUGCUAUAAGCACGUGUCUAGAAGACUGUAAACUGGAUAAAGAGAGAAUAGAACAAUUCUGCACCGAAUAUCAGAAAAACAAGGAUGCGUUGGAAAUCCUGUUGGGAAGCAUAGGCAGAUCUCCUCUCCAUGUAACUGAUGUGUCUUGGCGCUUGGAGUAUCAGAUCAAGAGCAAUCAACUUCAUAAAAGUUACCAGCCUUCCUACUUGGUGACCUUAAACGUAGAGAAAGGUGAUUCAGGAUCACACCCAGAUGUUACUUUUAGUUGCACGAUGGAGCAAUUACAGGAUUUAGUUGGAAAACUAAAAGAUGCUGCAAAAAGUCUAGAAAGAGCGGCACAGAUGUGAUUGAAGGAAGGUGUCAGCCUGCUGAGCUGGAGUAUGCUUAUUCCUAAGAGCGUCUUCUAAAUGACAAAUGUCUUUCACCUCUUGAUGCAAACUGUUGGGGGUUUUUUUGAAGUCCUUGGAUGCGAAUUAAGUGAAGUAACUUUUUUAUGAUCGCACUUGAUAUCCCUUGCCCGAGUCAUAUUUUUUUUAUUAACUCUUGUUAAAUACUUAACUUCGUGCCUUUAAAGCAUUCCUGUUUUAUUUCGUGUAUUUUCAGUAUUGCCACUGAUUAUUUUUCUCUGUGAUCUAAUAAAGCUUAUUUGCACCCGUUCUGCAA